UAUCAUUAAGUUAAAUCAAAAUGGGUGCCUACAAGUAUUUGGAAGAAUUGCAAAGAAAGAAGCAAUCUGAUGUUAUGCGUUUCUUGCAUCGUGUCAGAUGUUGGGAAUACAGAAACAAGACUGUUAUCCACAGAGCUUCUAGACCAUCUAGACCAGACAAGGCCAGAAGAUUGGGAUACAAGGCCAAGCAAGGUUUCGUCAUCUUCAGAGUCAGAGUCAGAAGAGGUGGCAGAAAGAGACCUGUGCCAAAGGGUGCUACUUAUGGUAAGCCAACCAACCAGGGUGUUAACCAAUUGAAGUACCAAAGAUCCUUGAGAUCUACCGCUGAAGAAAGAGUUGGUAGACGUGCUUCUAACUUGAGAGUCUUGAACUCCUACUGGGUUAACCAGGACUCCACCUACAAGUACUUCGAAGUCAUCUUGGUCGACCCAUCUCACAAGGCCAUCAGAAGAGACGCCAGAUACAACUGGAUCGUCAACCCUGUCCACAAGAGAAGAGAAGCCAGAGGUCUUACUUCCACCGGAAAGAAGUCCAGAGGUAUCAACAAGGGUCACUUGUUCCACAACACCCAAGCUGGUCGUCGUCACACCUGGAAGAGACAAAACACUUUGUCUUUGUGGAGAUACAGAUCUUAAGCGUGAUGUAUUGUUUAAUUUUUCGGAUUUUUACAAUGCUACACGUGAUCUGGCUUUCCUUGUGUUGAAGGGGUUGCUUGUAAGUAUUUACUGUUUAUAGUGCAAUUUUGAUAUACAAAAGCUGGUGUAC